AUGGAUGAACAGGGUAAACGGAGUGCCUACAAGCGGCGAGCCACACAACAGCAAGUGAACAAACCACAACAAAAAGAAAUCGCUGAAAGAGGGACAGAGCAAGGCGAAAAAAUUCAUGACUGGAACACGCUUGAACUAAUCCACGUACGCCCUUUCGACAGAAAACUCUCGGGAUCGACCAGAACAAUCCUCCGGCGAUUGUAA